AUGGUCAAAGCCUUAACUGAAUCUUUGAGUCAACAACAACAAACGCAAAUACAUGUACCUGAACUAGCUAAUUAUGAUUUGAUAACUUUGGCACAGAAAUACAAUAAGAUGAAACCACCGGAAUUUGAGGGGGGUAUUGAACCUUUGAAAGCUGAGGCUUGGGUUUUAGAAAAUGAGAAAAUAUUUGAGGUAUUUCCGUGUACUGAAGCGCAUAUGGUUUUGUUGGCGACAUUCACACUUAAAGAAGAAGCUAGGAGAUGGUGGAUGUUAGUACGAAAUGAUAAUGAGGGUACGACAUGGGAUAGAUUUAAAGAAAUUUUCUUCGAAAAAUAUUUUUCCCAAUGCAUCCGAGAUAGGAAGGUAUCCGAAUUUGAACAACUAAAACAAGGCAAUAUGACUGUGGCUGAGUAUGAAGCAAAAUUUACUGAACUAGCCCGAUAUGCACCCCGCAUGAUAGAUACUUACUACAAAAAGGCUAGAAAAUUUGAAGGUGGGCUUGACCUAGAUGUGUAUGACUGA